GGCCGGGAGGCGUGCAUGCCCCUGCUGCCCGCGGCGCUCAUCAGCAGCAUGCUCUAUUUCCAGAUGGUGAUCAUGGCAGGGACGGUGAUGCUGGCGUACUACUUCGAAUACACGGACACGUUCACUGUGAACGUGCAGGGCUUCUUCUGCCACGACAGCGCCUACCGCAAGCCCUAUCCCGGCCCAGAGGACAGCAGCGCGGUACCCCCAGUGCUUCUCUACUCGCUGGCCGCAGGCGUCCCGGUGCUCGUGAUAAUAGUUGGAGAAACCGCCGUGUUUUGCCUACAGUUAGCCACAAGGGAUUUUGAAAACCAGGAAAAGACUAUUUUAACUGGAGACUGUUGCUAUAUAAACCCACUGGUACGUCGAACUGUCCGAUUUCUUGGAAUUUAUACGUUUGGACUGUUUGCUACAGAUAUCUUUGUAAAUGCUGGGCAAGUGGUUACAGGCAACUUGGCUCCACACUUUCUGGCCUUGUGUAAGCCCAACUACACAGCCCUUGGGUGCCAACAGUACACACAGUUCAUCAGUGGGGAGGAGGCGUGCACAGGCAACCCAGAUCUCAUCAUGCGAGCAAGGAAAACCUUCCCGUCCAAAGAAGCCGCCCUCAGUGUCUAUGCUGCCAUGUAUCUGACAAUGUAUAUUACCAACACUAUCAAAGCCAAAGGCACCAGACUUGCUAAGCCUGUUCUAUGCUUGGGACUAAUGUGUCUGGCCUUUCUUACUGGACUCAACAGAGUAGCAGAAUAUCGAAAUCAUUGGUCUGAUGUGAUAGCAGGCUUUCUAGUUGGAAUAUCCAUAGCAGUAUUUCUGGUUGUAUGCGUGGUAAAUAAUUUCAAAGGAAGACAACCAGAAAAUGGGCACACGCAUAGGGACAAUGUGGCCCGGAUGCCGAUGAUCAACAUUCCUCGAGUAGAAAGCCCUUUGGAAAAGGUAGCGUCUGUGCAGAACCACAUCACUGCCUUUGCGGAAGUCACAUGAUAUUGAAGCAGACGGUUUUUCCCUGCACUGGACGUCAUCCCUUUCCAGCACUCAUUCAUAAGAACAUUUAUUUGAUUACACAGGAAAUUUAUAAAGUUGUCUGAGACUUUUUAUAAAUUUAAAACUCAAUAGCACCCUCUCUGCCCUCUCCCGCCCCACUAGACUGUGAGCUCCUCAAGAGCAGGACCAUGGCUUUCUUUUCUGUAUCCCCAACACCUACCACAAAGCCUAGCACAAAGUGUGGGUGUUCAGUAAAAUCAUGAUGAUAAAAUGAACAAAUUAAUUCUUAAAUAAAAUGGUUGCUUUAGUUUCUCACAAGAAUCUCUGUGACUAUGUGAAAAGAAACCUCAAUGUGGGCUAUAUUUGUAUAAAAGAAACCCUCUAUUUUGGGCUAGUUAAGCCUUUUUAAUUUUUCAUAUAUCUGUUCAACAGUACAGCAUAUUUAAUUUGAAGUUAAUUUUGAAAGUCAUGGGGGCUUUUUAUUAUGCAGCAUGACAUUAUUUCCAUUCUAACAGAUUUCAGUGUGUGAAAUCACUUUACUUUUAGAAAGUAUGUCCUAUACUAAAUUGUUUGCUCAUUAUAUUAUGCUAUAUUUCACUUAAAUACCAUUCAUACUACACAUUCUAAGACUGGUGCUUCUGCUUUUAAAGGGGAAAUUGCCAAUUUUUACUGUCACUGAGUAAUGUAUCAUAAUUAAAAUUAUUUAUUUGGACUUUUUCUUUGAUAGUUGUGGUUUAAUGGUUGAGUUACAGUUUUUGAAUGCAGGCAAUAUUUAGAAUAGAUUAAGGUAAAUCCAGCCAUGAUGAUACCUUAUUAUUGAGUAACUUUCCAUCAUUAACAGUGUCUCAAGAAUGGCUACAGUCCAUUCUUAAUCUUUCUUACUGGUCAAGAAUCCAAAUAAUUUAGAUGAGAAAGAACUACACCUUAGCAUACUAUUAUGUAGAUGGUAGAAAUAUGAUUAAUGUAUUUUUGUAAUUGUCUAAUACUUUAAUUAAAAUAUAUUUAUAUUUAUUUUGUCAUUUAAUCCUCACAGCAAUCCUGUAUAAAUAUUGAAAGAUGGAUUUAUUUACACUUGAGAGAAAUGAAGCCAAUAUGAUAACAUGACCAAUCUCAUACCAACAGUCAAGAAGAGAGUUAAAUCCGAAAUUCAGAUUUACCCUGAACUUACAUCCUUUCUCCUCAAAUAUGCCACAGCUGCCUCAACAUUCAUGACACUGAGGCCAUUAUGAGGUCAUUAGAGUCCAGAGAAACUACCUAUGUUUUUUAAAAAAAAUUAAGAAAUGACAAAAUAGAGUUACAGAAGGUCUGCAGUAUUUUAAACAUUUACCGUUUACCUUAUGUGAAUGAACAUAAAACAUAUUUUUCAAAUACAGAGCUAUCUAGGGUUCUAUUUAUAAUUCUAUUCAGAAAUAAUGAAGUUCCAGUGACUGGGUGUAAGGAUCUUUGAGAAGUCCACCUCAGCUGCCAUUCAGGAAAGAGGCCAAGGGACCAAUUUUACAGUAACCAUGUGGAAUUAAAGAUGAAAAGAAUCACCAAAAUGUAAGGAAGAUGAAGUAAUGAGUCACUUUGCAAUCUCUAAAGCUAACCCAAGAUGCUUUGACUUAUAUGCAUAAAUUGAUUAAAAAAAAAAAAACAACCUUUCUAGUCUUAAGAGAGUUGAAAGUAAAUAUUUAAUUUACUCUCUUUAUUUCAACAGAAUUCAGCAAAUAAUUAAAACCAAAGACGUGUCUAUUGCUUACAAAUGGAUUUCAUUUGUCCAAUUCCAAUCCUGCAAGAAUCAAAAUACUUCUACUAAAAGCCAAAUAAGGAAAUUCCCUUUUCUAAAAUUGACACACCUAUGGCAAUUCAAUUCUUUGGAAAUUUAUAACAAACUUUGCAUAUCUUGACCCUUUUUUAAGACACUGUUUCAGAAAGCAUUAGCAAUGGGCAAUUUGCUUCCUAGGACUGGAAUAAAGGGUAUGAGCAAAAUAAAAGAGAGGGUAUCAAGCAGAGGCAGGGUGGCUGGUUGGGCUUGUGCAAUUGUUUAAUUCUACUGGUUCUACACCCACUUUAGAAGGACCCAAGAAGGAAUUGUUUCCCCCUUGGUAGCCUUAACAUUAUAUCAGGAUGUCAAAGUUAGAAAUGAAGUUUUGCACCUUCCUAAAACCUGACAUUAUAAAAGAGUUAAGAAUUUAACAGAAAAAAAAAACAGGAUCAGAGUGAAAUAGCUUCUAAUAUUUAAGCAUUA